GACGGGCCAGAACUGCGCCUUCGUGCACUACCAGGAGGCCCGCUCCGCCGACGCGUGCCUCACCGCCAUCGGCAACGGGGGCUACCAGAUGAAGCCCGGCGACGGCGACAUCCGCGUGGAGCGGCCGGGGGAGAGGAAGAAAGGCUCAGACUACGGCAGCAAAGGGGGCAGCAGCUAUGGCGGCGGUUCAGACUACAACAAGCAGGGCGGCAGCUACGGCGGUGGUUCGGACUACGCCAAGCAGGGCGGCGGGGGCUACGGCGGCGGGGGCGGGGGCUACGGCGGCGGCGGCUACGGCGGCGGGGGCUACGGCAAUGCGGGCGGCAAGGGCGACUCCAAGGGCGGAGGCAAGAGCGGCGGAGGCUACCAGCGCAGCUAUAAUCCGUACUGAGCGGCGCGGGCUCGGAGCAGGGCGGCCGGGGACGACGCCCCGGGCGCUCGAGAUUGCAUUUGCGUGAUUCAGACGUCGUCGGAGGGUAG